AUGAACGAUGCGAUCCGCCCCGAUGCGCAGGCCGCACGGGCCAUGUAUGAACGAGGAUACCGGACGUGGUUCAGUCUUUUGGAGCACGCGUCUGGCGACAAUCAGCUCUUCGGGGAAUGCUUAUCUCAUCUUCAAGCCGGGUUUUCCAACCAUCCUCACUUCCCGAGGAAUCUCAAGAUCGACAAUUCUUCAAGAAACGCCGUCUCAGUUAAGGGGAACUCAGCAUGGGCUGCCACGAAGGACUUGGUUCAUUUGCCGCCUUUUCAGCAUGAGGCUAUAUUUCGGGUCGCUUGGGAUAAGCCCACGCUGGCAUAUAUUCUUGCGGCACGGUGGGCAGAGCUCAUUCCGACGGCACACCUCUCUCAACCUCCAAGUCAACCAACCCACCAGCCCAACGGAAACGGGCAAAGCAUACCUCCGGAGAGCAGAAACCCCAUCACAGUUCAUAUUGGAGAGGGUGGCUGGGAGGCCACGAUGUGCAAUUCCAGAGGCGAUAUUCUUUAUUCUCCAUGGUCCACCAGACUCAUCUCGGAGCAGUCCUUCGUCAUCUCGGCAAAGAUCAAAACGACAAGUUCGGCGUCAAGUCAUUCUCUGGCUACUUCAACCACUGCCCACCGGUAUUUAUCAGAAUAUUGCCGCCUUCAUGGCAUUGAUGACCAGAAGCAGGCAGCCCUCGCUGCCGCCCUACUGAUUCCAGUCGCCAAGUUCGACAAUAGACCAAUUGAGCUGGCGAUGCCAAAGUUGUCUCUGGGUGUGGAUCAUGGAGAGAAAGCUUGCAAAGACCCCCCAGUUAUGAUGGAGAAUAAUCUCCAGCUUGAUAGACUCCUAACGCUGAGUUGCAACCCAAGGGGCUUUAAGGCGCUCCUCACCAGCAUCUUCUUCGAGCCCGAUGUUACGAGCAACAUCUGCGGUAUGUGGCUGCGAGGCUCAUUCGCAUUUUUGAACUCGGUCAAGGAUCCGCAUGUCCUCCUAAAAACUCUGAUGAAGCGCGACCCGGGACUUGGGGGUUUGUGGGUUGGGGCGUUCAUCACUGGCGCCUACAACCAGUGCCUGCGGGAUGCCCGAGCAGCUUGGUGGAAGAUUGAUCUUAACGCAGCGGCUUGGACUGAGACGUUUGUGUCCUUCAUCCAGGCGCCAGUUCCUGCUGCGCCCGGGGCACGCGAAAUAUCACGUGCUGACGAAUGCCGACUAUUGUACCUCUGUCGCGAUCUGGACUACUACUCGAUACCGCCUCUCUUCCCAUUCGCACCGUUCGGCUCUACUGCACUGGUCGAUACUAAUCUGGACGUCCACGAGCACGCACUAUGUGGGAGGAGCCAUUCCCUUGGAUAUACGGGGUUCACGUGGCUUUGUCAGGGCGGAGAGAUGGUAGAGCAAGGCAAGCGUGAUGUACCGUUGACGACAUUGCGCCCGAAGUGCGGUGAAGUGAUAGACCAUGGCGAUGUUGUUUAUGAUGAUCUCGACUCAGAAGACGAGAAUUCGGAAAUGGUGACUCGGAAUAUCUUCACCUGGCUACGUGAACAAGAUGGGUUUCCCGUUGCAGAGCGGGCGAUCCGCGAGCACGAGUGGAUCGAGAACCUGGAGGAUGAUGACGAUUCUCCGAUUGAAGGGGAUGUUCGCUCUACUGCUGGAGAAGGACUUGGUGGAUGGCUUUUGAAAACGUCGACUCAAAGAUCGUACUCGUUAUAG